GCCGCGCGUGUGCCCGCCGGUGAGGGCGCGCGCACGGGAGGUGGCGGGGGUUGUGCUCGCUCCUGCUCUCUCUGCUCUCUGACCCCAGUGGCAGCUCCGACUCACUGCACUCCGGCUCUCCCUCCGUCAGACCAAGGCUGCUCUCUCUCUCCUGUUGUCUGUCAGUGUCUCUCGCCCUCCUAUCCGACUCUACUCCCCUUCGCUCUCUUGUCUGGGUUCUUUCCACGGGAGCCAGCCAAGGUCCCGCCGGGUCGAAGGUUCUGCCCUAUCCAGUCAGACUGCCGCAACCCCUGCACGGCCGCUAGGAACCUACCCGCUCUCCUGCUGCUGCCGCAUGGACCCGCGUCCCUCCGCCGCUCCUGCUGCUGCUGCCGCGUAGAGGGCGACCCCGACCCGACACUCUUUCUCCGGCCAGAUAAAAAACGCACAAAAAACCCACACGACGAAGGAGGUCUGGUAUAAAAAGCCCACAGUGGCCACUUUACUAUCAGUCAGGGAGGUCAGACAGAAGGGAAGCUCAGGGUUGCAAGGAGACACACAGCGAAGCCCGACUGCAGUGUGUCGUGGUUGAGUUGGUCGGCCGGGUCGCUGCUGCUGCUGCUGCUGCUGCUGCUGCUGGGAAACUUCCUGGGCUUCUUGAGCGGCUCUGAAGGAUGACCGCUGCACGGCUCGCUGCUGAAUCCCGGUGAACGAACGGCGUCUCAUGUCCAAACGGCGGAAGGAUGGCUCAUGGCAAAGUGACCAUCACGGUGGACGAGUACAGCUCCAACCCCACACAGGCCUUCACACAUUACAACAUCAACCAGAGCCGCUUCCAACCUCCACAUGUCCACAUGGUGGACCCCAUUCCUUAUGACACUCCCAAGCCAGCAGGACACACCAGGUUUGUGUGUGUGUCCGACACACACUCGCGUACAGACGGCAUCCAGAUGCCCUACGGCGACGUGCUGCUGCACAUGGGUGACUUCACCGAGCUGGGCCUGCCCUCCGAGGUUAAGAAGUUCAACGACUGGCUAGGUGGCCUCCCGUAUGAGUUUAAGGUGGUGAUCGCCGGGAACCACGAGCUGACCUUUGAUAAGGACUUUAUGGCCGAGCUGGUCAAGCAGGAUUACUACCGAUUCCCCUCAGUGUCCAAACUCAAACCAGAGGACUUUGACAAUGUCCAGACGCUCCUCACAAACUGUGUGUACCUGCAGGACUCGGACGUCACCAUAAAGGGAUUCCGGAUAUACGGGGCGCCAUGGACUCCGUGGUUUAACGGCUGGGGGUUCAACCUGCCUCGAGGUCAGUCUCUGCUGGAUAAAUGGAACCUCGUCCCUGAAGGCAUCGACAUCCUGAUGACCCACGGACCUCCGCUCGGUUUCCGAGACUGGGUCCCUAAGGAGCUGCAGCGGGUCGGCUGUGUGGAGCUGCUCAACACGGUCCAGAAGAGGGUGCGACCCAAACUUCAUGCCUUCGGAGGCAUACACGAAGGCUACGGGAUCAUGACCGACGGCUUCACGACGUUCAUCAACGCGUCGACCUGCACUGUCAGCUUCCAGCCCACCAACCCCCCCAUCGUGUUCGACCUGCCCAACCCCUCCAGCUCCUGAGACCAGAGGACGGGGGUGGGGAGGGUGGCAGGCGAUAAACUACUUCUUUUUUUUCUAUAAAUAUGUCAAGUUAAAAAAAAAAAAAAAAGAAAAAAAAAAACUCUUAAGUGUUUCUUUGCAAACUUUUGAUCUUCUCCAAGCUGUUGUUGAGAUUGAGACGGUUUGGAGACUCGGGGGCGGGGUGGGAAGUUUGUCUGGGAGGGUUAAAGGAGAAUACCGGUGUUUUAUUGUUUUUCUAAUUGUGCCCACAAUGCUGGUUUCCCUCUUAGAUUGUAGUUUUUCUACACACAGUUGGUGUAGUUGCAGAUAUCGGGGCUUGUUUCUUGGGUUCUUUCCAGAAGAACAAGAAUGUUUUUCAAUCUCGUUUCAGUCUGAAAAACAACUUCCACAAAGGGAGAUGAUCCAUGAAGAAACGUUGUCCUGAUUUUAUCAUGCAGAGUUGAGCAUUUUUAUACCAACUCAAUCUUACGUUCUGCUUCCUGUUAAUCGCCUGACAGCCACAGGAGGAACUGGAAACGUCGUUUUCAUCGUCGUUUUUGUGGAUCAUGAAGUUAUUUUCAACUUAACAAGCUCAUUUUCAUAAGAUCACAAAUCAAUAUUUUUUCAGGGUAAUAGGAAAAAACUUAGUAUUUUGUGCUCCUGACAUAAGCUGUUAAAUAUCUUCUUUUGUUUGAUCACAAAAAAAUGCAAUUAAAUGACCACAAAGAAAGAAAACACAAGGAAUAUUUACACUCUUGUCCUCUUCAGCCAGUACCAUGAUAUCGGCAUGUGUUCUUUGAUUUGGAAAGUUUUUAUUUAAAAAAAAAAAAAAAAAAUCUUUAAAAGUAUGCAACGCGAAAUGAAUUGGGGGGGGGGAGGUGUAAAACUGAGCUAUAAGCGACACCGGUAUUCUCUUUUUUCAGGGGGAUUUUGUGGUUAAACAAUCUUGCUCUUGAUAAAUAUUGGUCAGAUCUGUAAGAUAAAUGAUGCUUUGUGAAUUUGUACAAUUUCUUUGUUUGGUUUGCAUUGGCAGGACAAUGGAUGCCAUUGUUUUAUGUUGUAUCAUCUGAUAUUUUGUGCUUAGGUCUUUUUUUUUUUUGGUUUUGUAUUCUCGUCAGUUUCUCUUUUUUUAUUGGCUGACAGGGACGCUGCCUUAAACUAGCUUUAAUGUUCUCAGCUAGAGCCCCACUCUCUGCGAGCUCAGAGAAAAGUCCUUAUUUAUUACCCCGCAAAACACCUGACUAACGCAAGGACAGAAUGCUAUCACAUUACAGCCCGAAAAAUUUACUUUGUAACAUCCCAUUAUGAAUUUCUGAUCUAAUUUGGAAAAUGUAUGUAUAAAAUAUAUAUAUAUAUUAUAUAUUCAUGUUGUAAAACAUCUGUACUAAAAGUUGUGUUUGACGGAAAAAAUGAAUCUGGUGCAUUUUUUUUGUAUGCACCUGUAUAAUUGACAUGUUUCUUUAAUGCUCCCAUCAGAUGCUCUUCAGACAUUUCUCUAAUGUUUUUGUACCGACUCUCCCGGUAGGGUAGGCAUUCAUUUUGGAUGAGAGAGGAAAAUUUGUCAGAGUCACAAUCCAACAGGUGCUGGUUGUUCCCAACAACACGCCUGCCUAAACCUGGUAAAGUUGUCCUUUUAAAGUGUAAAUUUGAUAGUAUUUGUGUUUAUUAUUUCUUUUUGUUUUUUUUCUAAUGUUGCACUGUGUGUAAAUGCAAUCUUGCUAGCACAAAAAAAAAAUGUUGCCAAUAGUUGUCUCAACUUUGCCGCUGUAAAUGCUCUUUGCGUGCUCUGUUUCCUCUCUCGCUCUUUCUCUGAUUGUAUCCCUCUUCAUGGAAAUGUUAGUUCUCUCUUUCAGUUCAUUGUGAUAUAUUUAGCUGCCUUUAUAUGCAAAUAAAAUUGCAAGAUUUUUACUUAUCAA